UCAGUGUCUGAUGAGGAAUUUCCCCCACGAAUCAUUAUCACUCAAUUCUGCAAGUGGUUCUGAUUUACUAUCGCUGUUCUCUAGCCGGUCUAAAACCGCUUUUGACCUAAAGGGACGCUUUUUGGACGCCAUGGACGUUUCUCAGUUUCCAGGCAGAAAGAACUGUAAAAAUGCAGGCAGGGCGCCGGACAAAGCACUCGGGACAAAAUGUAUGUGAAAUGGUUUGAUACAGGAAUGUAAUACUGUGACGGAAUGUAUUUUGUGAAUGUCACUUUUUAACACUUUUAAAAUUUCCCGCCAGUUCCAUCCCCGUACGUCCGACGUCGCAGGGAACAGAACCUGGAAGACGGAUGCCGGUAUCAGCCGGAGGAGAUGGCCGAGGAUGCUGCAGGGGAGACA